AUGGCGAGUACUACAGAGAGCGCGGCUGCGGCCAGUGCCAAACCGUUCGACAUUGUCGCAACCUACAAUGAGCUCCUACGCUCCGAUCCCGAUCUUACCAUGCCUAUUGCAGCCAUUGAAGCUUUGGUCCUUCUCCUCACACAGUCCGCCUCAUCAACAAUAUCAGAAACCCUUGAUCUGUUGGAAAAAUCCACCGCCCACCUGAAGAAAUCCAUUCCGAACCCCAUCGGUCUCUCCGCCGGAACCGAUCUUUUCCAACGAUACCUGAUCACCACAUUACAACGUCCUGGACAGCUAGGCCCAGCUGGUGAUUUCAAGGCCAUCCGCACACAUCUUCUUUCAAACGGACGACUGUUCAUUCGCCGCGCAAAGGAAAGCCGAUACAAGAUCGCAGACUUCGGCCGAGGCUUCAUUCGCGACGGCAGCACUAUCCUCACAAAUGGCGGUUCUCGUGCUGUCUCAGCGCUAUUGCAAAAGGCAGCUGACGAAGAGGGCGGUCCUUCUGCUGUGCGGUUCCGCGUUAUCUAUGUCCUGUCGUCAACUGCCACCACUUCCGGUGAUUCAACCGAGGAGCCCGAGGGUAUGGAAACAGUGCGCGCUUUGAGAGAAAAGGGUGUUCCAGUUUCGACGAUCCCCGAGUCCGCAGUUGCAUAUUCGCUUGGUAAGGCCGACAUGGUCAUUGUCGGUGCUGAGGGUGUGGUGGAGAACGGAGGCAUCGUGUCUCGUAUGGGAACAUACCAGAUUGGUCUCCUGGCCAAGGCUAUUGGCAAGCCUUUUUACGUUGUUGCAGAGAGCCACAAAUUUGUUCGCUUGUAUCCUCUCGGCCAGUACGACUUACCAAUCGAGCAGCGCGUGCUCGACUUCAAGUCUGAGGAGGACAUUGCAGAGAGCACACAGCAGUCUUCGGAGACCACUACGAAUGAGGAACGACCUAUCGAAUUGCCUCUGUCCGCCUCUGUUGAUUUCACCCCACCGCAUUUGAUCUCGGCGCUGAUCACAGACAGCGGUGUCCUGACACCCAGUGCUGUUAGUGAAGAGUUGAUUAAGAUUUGGUUCUGA